UAGACAAGAUGAAACGUUCGCAGCUUUUAGCGCUUGUGCUCUGCCUUGGCUUGUGCAGGAUACAGGCCUGCCAGGACAAGGCUGAGGCCGCCAGCGUCUCAAAGGACUGGUGGGAAACUGCGCAAUUCUAUCAGAUAUAUCCGCGCUCCUUUAUGGACUCUGAUGGCGACGGCAUAGGUGAUCUGAACGGCAUCACCUCGAAACUCGAAUAUCUCAAGGAUAUUGGUGUUACAGCGGCUUGGCUGUCGCCCAUCUUUACCUCGCCAAUGGCAGACUUUGGAUAUGACAUAUCUGACUUUUUUGACAUUCAACCUGAAUAUGGAACACUUGACGACUUCCGUGCGCUUAUCAAGAAAGCCAAUGAGCUAGACCUCAAAAUAAUACUGGACUUUGUGCCCAAUCAUUCGAGUGAUGAGAAUGUGUGGUUCCAGAAGUCUGUAAAACGUGAGAAGGGCUAUGAGGACUUCUAUGUGUGGCACGAUGGAAAGCGGAAUGCUGAGACGGGUGAGCGCGAACCACCAUCGAAUUGGCUUCAGGCCUUCCGUGGCAGUGCCUGGGAGUGGAAUGAAGAGCGUCAGCAAUACUAUUUGCACCAAUUUGCGGUAAAACAACCAGAUCUGAACUACCGCAACCCUGCUGUUGUGGAGCAAAUGAAGCGCGUACUGCGCUACUGGCUCAACGAGGGCGUGGCCGGUUUCCGUUGUGAUGCCGUGCCAGUUAUAUUUGAAAUAGAACCCGAUGAAAACGGUCAGUACCUCGACGAGGAGUUGAGUGGCUUGACCGACGACAAAGACAAUCGCAACUACCUGAAGUCCGAGUUGAUUGAGAACCGUCCAGAAAACAUCGAAAUGGUUUAUCAGUGGCGUCAGGUGAUGGAUGACUAUGAGCGUAUCCAUGGCGGCUACACACGCGUGCUUCUCAUCGAAACUUAUGCUCCCCCGGACUACACCAUGCAGUUCUACGGCAAUAGGACUGUGAAGGGUGCUCAUUUGCCCUUCAACUUUAAUCUGAUUACAGAACUGGCCAACAACAGCGUCUCGGCGUCCUCAAUUAAAACGGCUGUAUAUAAUUGGCUAUCAAAUCUACCAGCUGGACGUACCUCCAACUGGGUGAUAGGAAAUCACGACCAGCGUCGUGCUGCUAGCCGAUAUGGCGUGGCUAAUACGGAUGCCAUGAACAUGUUGGUCAUGGUUCUGCCGGGUGCAAGUGUCACCUACCAGGGUGAAGAGCUGGGCAUGACAGACGGCGUAAUUAGCUGGGAGGAUACUGUGGAUCCUGCUGCCUGCAAUUCGAAUAAGGAUAUCUUCGAGCAGUUCACGAGAGAUCCAUCACGCACGCCUUUCCAAUGGACGGAUGGUACCAAUGCUGGCUUUUCCACAGGUGCCAAGACUUGGUUGCCCUUGGCUGACGAUUAUAAGACGGCGAAUGUGCAAACCGAGUCCUCGGAUUCCCGCUCCCAUUUGAAAGUCUACAAAGCUAUGGUGGCGCUGCGCAAAGAGUCCAAGACUCUGCAAUAUGGUUCCAUUAAAUAUGCUGCGUUGUCUGACGAUGUGUUUGUAGUCAAGCGCUUCCUUGCUGGCUCUCCUAGCAUCGUCUAUGUCGGCAAUAUUGGCUCCUCUACUGCCACUGUUGAUCUCUCCACUUUCGAUGUCUCCCUGCCCGAAAGUUUGACUCUAAAAGUUAGCAAUGUAGCAUCCACAAAGACAGAGAACUCCAACUUGAAGAUCACUGGACUUAGUCUGGCUGCUGGCGAAGCUUUGGUGCUGAAUACCUCCUAAGGAUUCUGGUGUCGGAGCUGGCGGCAAAAAGAAAUGAUGCGUCAUCGAUAUCGAUUAUAAGUACAUAUUAAUGUUAUAUGUGUAAGUAACCUAGGGUAGUUCAGAGUGUACCUGUGUCAAGAUACUAAGAAACUGUCUAUUAAUAGAUACAACUUUUGUGAAGGCCAUGAACAAAUAAAAAUAGUGCUAUGAUUUUCAGCA